GUGAUUUCAGUUUAACCUCAAGAAAGGAACCCAGCAAUUUUCUAUUACAGUUUAUAUACUGAUAAAGUGCAUAAUUUAAUUUGUGUUUAACUGCAAUAUUAAGGUGUAGGCUAUCCAUUUGGGCUACCACUAUUUCUCAGCAAUUGUGCUUACUGCUACAAUUACAGGUUAAGACUAACUAACAGCACUAGUAGGAUUACAAAAUGGAAAACACUUACAAAAACUUUGAGCUCUCCAAAAUGGAUAGCACUGAAAACUGUCAAUUGACAAAAGUGGCAGAAACAGAGGAUGAUGUUUAUGUGAAUACACUGCAGCUGUUUCCCGUGCCCAAAACUCGACCAGUUUCAACUUCAUUUAAUUACAAGAUCAUUAUAUCUGCUCUCGCUCUCCUAAUGCUUGGUGCUUUAACAUCACUCUGUGCUGUAGUGAUCUUGUAUCACAAUAAAGUUCUUUUCACUGAGAAAUUGAGUGAAAAGUAUGAAAACGUUACAGCCACACUGACGGUGCUUGAACACAAAGCCAAGGAAACAGCACAGCUGUAUGAUAUGCUGAAGGUGAAGCAUCAGCAAGUUCAUGAUCGUCUCUCUGCAUGCAGUGCUAAUCAAAAGUGUACACUUUGUGAGAAGCCUCUUGGGUUAAAGUGUUACUACGUCUCCACUGAGAAACUGAGCUGGACACAGAGUAGAGAUUACUGUGUAGAGAAAGGAGGACAUCUGGUGAUUAUAACCAGCCAAGCUGAACAGGAUUUUGUAUCUUCACAAAUUAAAGAAACACACUGGAUCGGUCUGAAUGACCUGGAGACUGAGGGAGAGUGGAUGUGGGUAAACAACCAACCCUUAAAUGAGACGAGCGUAACGUUCUGGUAUGAUGAAGGACCACAUGAGCCUGAUAACUGGAAAGUUCAGGACCCUUCUGGGGAGAACUGUGCUGCUCUGGGUGAUGAAAAUGGCAACACACACAAGUGGUUUGAUGCUUCUUGUCAUAAACUGAAAAAGUGCAUUUGUGAAAAGUAAAAUAAUUGUAUUUUU